GAUUCGCAAUGUAUACGAUAAAACUACUAUUCACUUUUUUGAUAACUGCCCAAAAUUCAAAUGGGGCAAGAAUUCUUGGAGUGUUCCCCACGUCAUCUUUAAGUCAUCAAGUAGUGUUUCGACCUUUGACUCAAGAAUUGGCAAGAAUUGGCCAUGAAGUCACCGUCAUCACAACCGACCCAGCAUUUAAUGACCACAAUCGCCCAGCAAAUUUGACUGAAAUAGAUGUCCACGAUGUUUCAUACAAUCUGUGGAUACAAAAAAUGAAAGAGAAACGUAUGGAAUUUGGUGAUAAAGCUGGCGUAUUUAAAACAGCAGAAGGAAUGUCAAGUUUUUUUGCUAAAGUCAUAGAAGAACAAUUAAAGACUGAUGGAGUACAAAAACUCAUUAAUGAUAAAAGUAAAAAAUACGAUUUAAUUAUUAUUGAAGCUUGUGCCAGACCAGCUAUUCUGUUCUCGCAUUUAUACAAAGCACCGGUUAUCGCAAUAAGUUCUUUUGGAAUGGCUUUUGGAGGUGAAGAUCUGGUUGGGGCACCUUCUCAUCCUAUUCUGUAUCCAAACAUGUUGCAUCAAAGAUUACACAAUUUGACGUUUUGGGAGAAAUUAAAUGAAUUCUACAAGCAUUAUUGGAUCGUUAACAUGUGGAAAUCGAGUGAAUAUAAGGAUUUCAAUAUAUUCAAAAAAUACUUUGGUGGCGAUGAUGUACCCCCUUAUAAAGAAUUAAAUAAAAAUGUGGAUAUGAUGUUCUUAAAUAUUCACCCAAUAUGGAGUCAUAAUCAACCACUUCCACCAAAUGUUAUUUCAAUUUGGGGAAUUUAUAAGAAGCCUCAGAAAUCUCUACCUCAAGAUCUCCAAGAAUACUUAGAUUCUUCGAAGAAUGGCGUGAUAUAUAUUAGUUUUGGAUCAAAUAUUCGCUCAUCAAUGCUGCCACCGGAGAAAAUAAAGAUUUUGAUUAACGUAUUUUCUAAACUGCCCUAUAACAUACUAUGGAAAUGGGAGACGGAUGUUCUUCCCGGGAAAUCGAAGAACAUUAAAAUAGCGAAAUGGUUACCACAAUCAGAUCUACUACGCCAUCCAAAUAUUAAGUUAUUUAUAACACAAGGAGGUCUUCAGUCGAUGGAUGAAGCUAUGAAUGCUGGAAUACCACUUAUAGGGAUUCCAAUGUUUGGAGACCAGUGGUAUAAUGUUGAGUCAUUUGAGUAUCAUAAAAUUGGACUCGGAGUUGAGUUAAAUACACUCACAGAAGAAAAAUUAACGACAGCUAUUGAAACAGUUAUAAAUGAUAAGAGCUACAAAGAGAACAUUAUAAGACUUAAUAGGCUUAUGAAUGAUCAAUCCCAGACUGCAUUAGAACGUGCAAUUUGGUGGACAGAGUACGUGUUGAGACAUGGUGGAGCGAAACACCUUCGAGCAGCUGGAGCUAAUAUUUCCUAUUUCGAAUAUUAUGAGAUAGAAUUUUUACUUAAACUAGUUUCAUUGGUGUUUUCAAUUGCUGCGAUAAUUUUGUAUUCAAUAUAUACAGUAUAUAGAAUCAUUUUACCAAGUAACAUACGUUCAAACAAAUCGAAAACAUCAUAGUUUCUAGAGUUUUAUUUAUUUUGUUAUAUUAUGUAUUAAUGUUUUGAAGUACUGUAUGGGUGACUGGCAUAAUUAUGUUUGUUAUGUACUCUAUUAUAAGUGUAAUUAUAUUGUGCAAUAUUACUGUGUGAGGUAACUGGGUGUAUAA